AUGACAGGCACAAUAGAUACGACGGUUAAACAUGAUCAUCUUCUACAACUACGUCAAUUUCUUGAGCAAAUAGAACUCGAAGAAUACUACACGUUGAUCGUCGAAAAGCUCAAGGUGUAUAGCAUUGGUGAUCUACGAUAUGCCAACGAAUCUGAUCUUCUUUCACUAGGCAUGUCUAAGCCGCAAUUUCGAAAAGUUAAACGACACAUGCCUUCAUCAUAUAAUACGGCUUUAAAUAAUAAUACAAUGUUGACAAGCACAACACUGGGCAAGCUUCUAGUUCGAAAACUAACACUUCGUUCAACGUCAAAUCUAACACGAAGUACGUUGGAACUGAACAGCAAUUAUGAACGGCAGGGUUCUUCAAUAACAUCUUUGAAUCAACAAACAAAUAUGGGUAAACAUCAACAGCAAAAAAAUAUUAUCUCACAACAAAAUAUUCAAUUGAUCGAAAAAAUUGGUGAAGGAGAAUUCGGUACUGUUUAUAAAGCUUUUUGGAAAGCAAAACAAAAUGAAUUAUUAACCGUCGCUGUUAAAUGUUUAAAUAAACUCGAUCAAGAUUUUGGUCUCGAUGAUAUUUUAAAAGAAGUAUGCGUAUUACAAGAUAUUGAACAUACUCAUAUUGUUCAAUUCUUUGGUAUUGUUAUACAAACAGACGGUUCUUUUAUGCUAGUAACAGAAUAUGCUCAUUCUCGUUCUUUACAUGAAUGUUUAUUAUCAAAUAAUUCUAAAUGUGAAUAUACAAUAGAAAUUCUAAUUGAAUUCUUAAGACAAAUAACAACAGCUAUGAGUUAUUUAGAGAAGAAAUUUUUAAUACAUAGAGAUUUAGCUUGUAGAAAUGUUCUUGUUUUCAAUAAAUCACUUGUUAAACUUUCGGACUUUGGUCUUUCACGUAUUUGUUGUUCGGAAACAAAUUAUUAUAAAACAUCAUGGAAGGAUACAUUACGUUUACCAAUAGCAUGGAUGAGUCCGGAGGCGAUUAAUUUUCUACGUUUUACAUCAGCAUCAGAUGUUUUUUCAUUUGGUGUUUGUAUGUGGGAAUGUUUUACCUAUGGACAAAUGCCAUGGCAAGGAAUGUCAAGUGCUGAAAUUGCCAAUGCUAUCGAUGCACCUAAUCAUCAACGAUUACCACGGCCACCUUAUGCAACAACAGAACUGUAUCAAAUCAUGCUUCAAUGUUGGAAACAUGAGCCAACUGAACGUCCAACAUUUUCUCAAUUAGAAAAAACUUUACGAGAAAUUGAACUAAAACAAGUUCGAUGGAAAGAUAAAAAUUCCACAUCAACAAAUUUGCCUGAUGGAUUUCUCUCGAUUGAAUCUUGCGCACUUGGGCCAUUGACGAUUCUCGAUCGGUGUCUUAACGUUCCCAUAUCAUCGUCAUCGGUCAAUAAUUUUCUACAGUGUGUAUCUGUAGACGGUCAAAUUGGUUUCGUUUAUAAUACUGAUGUUGAACCAUUACAUGUUAUAUCAAUAUCUAAACCAAUAAUUACAACGCUCACUAAAACACAUAGUAAUAGUCAUUUAUCUUCUUUAAAAAUGAGCAAUUUUUUUCAUCGAAAAACAGAUGGAAAGAAGAAUUGUGCUAAAGCAAAAAGUAAACAAUUUUCGAAAGAUAUGAUUGGUUUACCACAACCAGAUUUUAUUCAUGCAUUUCAUAUUGGUGUAUCAGGUGAAACAUUUGGUGAUGUCGCCUGUCUGGGUGGUGUUGAAAAAACUGAUUUAAUUAAAGUACCGAUUGAAAAAUCUCCAUCGCAUAAUGAAUCUGAAUCAAAUUAUAAACAGCCAGCUGUUGCCGUUGUUGUUGAAUCAAAACAAGAGUUAGAUUCUGUCGAACAACAAACAAAUAAUGAGCCAACUUCAUCGUUACUGGAUGAAGUUUUACAAGCUUUCACUGAAAUCUAUUGUGAACCUGAAACAAUGCCAUAUCUAAUCGAAGAAGAUAUUUCACAAAAACCACCACCUAAACCAGAACGCAGUGAACCAACGUCUCCAAAAUCCCCUACGGCCAAUCCUCAAUUAUCGUCAAUACCUUCAAGACCGAUCGGCUUAAAUCAAUCUCCAUCGGAUAACAUGACAGAUUCGAACAGUCGAUCAUCGCCCAUUCAUAGUCGUCUAUUGAAGAAAUCUCCAUUGAAAAGAUCCAAUGAAGAAACUUGUCGAUUUUCACGUGAACUUGAACAACGUUUACAAAAUGGUGAUAUAAGUGAAGAAGCCAAACAUGCCUAUAAUUUAUUAGUCAAUGGAUGUACAAAUAGUUCAUCGUUAUCACACGAAGAAAAUUCACAUUCGACAAGUAACGACGAUUUAUCAUCAAAUAAUAAUAAUAAUAAUGUAGUAGAAAAUAAUACAAAACAAUCUCCUUCGCAUCCUGUAGCCAUAUUAUUUGGUUCAUCAUCAUCAUCAUCGUCCACUAGUAUAUCAAUAGGUUCAUCAAGUAAUAAUACGCAAUCAAAUACAUCAUCGUCAUCAUCAUCAAAUCAGCAAAAAUCAGAUCGUCAUUCACAUUAUUCAUCGACAUCAACGGAUAAUGAUAUUAGUAUUGAUCUUAAGCCACAAACUGAUUUGUCCCCAUUGAAACUUUUAAGAAAUGGUAUUAAUCCUUCAAGUAUCACAUCGAAACAUAUGCGACAACAAAUUUCAGCUCAUGAUACGAGCUCAUCGAAUCAAUCACCUAUAUCGUCAACGUCAAAUACUUUAAGUAAUUUAUCGAUCACAUCACCAUUAUACGAGCAUCAUCUAUUAUUACUACCACCACCAUCGCAAUCAUCGUCAUCAUCGAAUAAUGAUGAUAAUCGUUCACUAUCAAGUUUAAAUUCGCGAUCAUUAUCAAUAAAUAAAAGCGAACAAAAUUCAAUAACAGGACAACCUCUGCCACCACCACCGGAUCUAUCAAGUUUAGGAAGUAAACUAACAACGGCAACGAUGACACAUACAUUAAAAUUACCUGCACCUUUAACUUCGUCAACAUCUAAUACUUACAGAUCGAAAAGUAUGAAAAGUUUCUUCACUUGUCCGAUUAUUUAUUCGAUGAGUCAACUAUCUGAAUUGAUCCUCGUUAUUGGUGAAACUAGUAGAACUCUAAAAAUGUUAUAUCAUGCCUGUGUUUUGAAAUUCUAUUUGAGUGAAAUUAUCAUUUCGAUAGCUUGCAGAUCAUUCUAA